AUGGCGCGUUACUCCGUCAUUCUCCCGACUUACAACGAGAAGGACAACAUCCCUUACAUGAUUUGGUUGCUCGUGGAUACCUUCAGAAAUAACAACAUCGACUUUGAAAUUCUCCUGGUCGACGACAACAGCCCCGACGGCACAGCGUCGGCGUACAAGGAGCUGCAACGAAUCUUCCGCGGGGAGAGACUCCUCCUGCUCGAGAGACCUGGCAAGCUUGGUCUCGGCUCGGCGUACAUGGACGGACUGAAGAAGACAACGGGCGACUUCAUCAUCCUUAUGGAUGCCGACUUCUCGCACCACCCCAAAUUCAUCCCCGAAUUCAUCAAGAAGCAGAAGGAGGGCGACUUCGACGUUGUGACAGGCUCGCGGUACAUCCCUGGCGGAGGCGUUUGCGGCUGGGAUGCCAAGCGAAUCGUCAUCAGUCGCGGCGCGAACUUCCUCGCCCAGACGCUUCUGAAUCCCCGCGUGUCUGACCUCACGGGUUCCUUUAGGCUGUUCAAGCGCGAUGUCAUCGAGGAUAUCAUGAAGCGGAUGAUCAGCAAAGGCUACGUGUUUCAGAUGGAAGUUGCGGUUCGGGCGCGCGCCCUGGGCUACUCCAUCGGCGAAGUUCCAAUAAUCUUCGUCGAUCGCCUCUACGGGGAGUCAAAGCUAGGAGGUCAAGAGAUUUGGCAGUACCUGAAGGGCCUCCUCACGCUGUUUUGGACGAUCUAG